AUGGUUGUCGACAACGAAACCCCGGAAAUUGUCGGACCCUCAUUUGUUUAUGAUGGAUUUGCGUGCCUCCAAUUGUUUUAUUUGGGCUACUCGAAGUUCCCAGCCACCAUAAAGCUUAACUUGAAUUAUACCGAUCAAGAAACGGUCCAUUCACUUUACGGUACAACAUCAAACAAAAUUCAAAAUGGAUCUAGAUUUGAUUGGCGACUCAUUCAGGGAACGACUUUUGAUGACCACGACAAGUUUCAAGUAUCCAUUUCGGUGACCAAUUCUGAAGACGACGCUUCAGGCUCAAAUGAGGUGAUUAUGGAUGAUUUGAGAAUACUCCCAGGAGCGUGCCCAGAUGAGAACAAUUGCAAUUUUGAAUCCGGAACAACUUGCUCUUAUCAAUCUAUUGGCGAGGAGGACUGGAUCGUCGCAGACGGAGAUAGUCAUAUCAAUUAUGGGGGACCUACUUUCGAUCACACGACUGCAAGUGCGGACGGACAUUUCGCCUUCAUGAGACAGGGUCCAAAUCUAUCGGGGGAAAAUGCCAAGGCCGUGCUCAGUUCCUUGCCCAAAGCCAUUCAGAGCGGGGAAAAGUGCAUCGAAUUCUACCUCCAACUGACUGGGGGAUAUUUGCGAGUAGUUUUAAGAGACUUCUACUCGGACCGGGAAAUCCCACUUUGGAUUUGGCGAGAAGACACUACUGACGAUUCUCUGCCAUUUAAUGGCUGGAUGUAUGGGAGAGUUCCGUAUUCAACACAGGAGUUUGACGAAUACACCAUUGAAUUUCAAACGGAUAUAUUUACUAACACUCCGGGAGGCAUGGCCGCUUUAGAUGAUAUUAUCCAAACAGAAGACACUUGCAUCUUGAUGCCGGAUGAGGCCAAUCCAAAUACCCCGACAACAAUCCCAAGCACUCCCAGAACGACUUCAACAACAACCACGGAACCAUCGGGAACCAACCAUCUGUCUUGUGACUUUGAAGAUGGCACUCCUUGCCAUUGGACGAAUAGCCAAACAGAUUCAAGCCAAUUCCUGAUUGGACCCGCCGAAUUGGUCCCGCUUGGGCCCAAUGUGGAUCACAGUACGGGUGAAAAGUCCGGGCUGUUGGCUUAUGCUGAUCUGACCAACGUCACCAAAAUAACCACUUUGAGCCUCAACAGCCCAGAUCUGGCGUUGGAGGAUCUUCCAAUCUGCAUUAGGGUUUGGUACCACUUCUACGGGGAACAACUCGGAACACUGACAAUGCAUCUUGUAGACUCCGAGGAACCAAUGAUCAUUUGGACGGAGAGCCAAUCUGUCAUAGAUCAAUGGAAAUUUCAGCAAGUCACUCUAAACGAGGCUCUGAGCGAGCCGUUUCAUAUCUCAAUUCGGGCAUCAGUGAGGCCAAAGGCCACUGGCUACAUAUGCCUCGAUGAUCUACAAAUUGAGCCUGGUCCUUGUGAAUAUUCAGCUCAAGAUCAUUUGUGUGAAUUUGAUGGUGACCUGUGCACUUUUCAUAACACUGCAGACGAAGAAGUCAAACUGAAAUGGGCCUCUCACUUUUCGUUCGAAGGAGAACAUGAAAAAUUUCCUACGGGCAGGCCUACUUUUCUUUACGUAGAUGUUCCACACGACGAAGACGGCCAUGUGGCCCACGAGACAGCUGUUCUUGUUUCACAACCCUUCAAUGCAUCAAGGUCGUAUUGUUUAGAUCUGUAUUAUCACAUGAAUGGAGCUUUGGGAUCUUUAAACGUAUCUCAAGUUGUGGAGAUUGAAGGCGGCGAUGACGUUGUUAAUGAGGUAUUCAACGUCAAAACAGAUCAAGGUAGCAACUGGAAACAUCAUCUAGCACAAAUCCUGCCAUUUGAGAGCACCUCUGAUGUUUUUCGACUGGAAAUAUCAGCUCAAAUAUCCGAUCAAGCUUUGGAGAACGCUGCCGUAAUAGCAUUAGAUCAUCUCAACAUGAUUGAAAGCACAUGUCCGACCAAGGGCUCGUGCUCUUUUGAGAAGAAUGAGUACUGUUCAUGGGUUAUAGAAGAGUCAGAAUCCGGUUUCCAUUGGAUGGUAGGACAUGCUCUAGAUAUGAACGAAUGGGAUCGACCGGAUAAGGACCACACUGAAGGAUAUCUGCAAGGUGGCUACCUCUUUGUGGACGUGACGAAAGCUGAGCCCGGAAAUAAGGCCAUCAUCCGAACGACCAUGUCAGGGAAUCAUGUCAGCUGCUUCAGCUUUUGGAUUCGCACUCGUAGCGGGCCCUCUUUGGGGAGUUUAGCAGCGUUUUAUACCACAGAAGGGAGCGCAGACCUGCAAGUACUGUGGGAAGACUCUGACCCAAACUAUCCCGAAGACAGUUGGCACUUGGUCCUGAUUGAUUAUGCUUUGUCAAAAGACCAUGAUAUAGUCUUACAAUUGACGGUGGGAGAGAGUCCUGAGGGCGGACACAUUGCCAUUGAUGAUCUAGGGUUUGCAGACAAUUCGCAAUGCCCGGAGACCGGAACGUCAACCAUGACCACAAUAUCAACCACACCAGUCCCUACAGUUGACCCGUACAGUCCGUACUCUUGCAAUUUCGAAGACGGUACAAUGUGCCAGUGGAGUCAAGAUACCACUGAUAACGGAAACUUUUCCAUUGUAUACAAAGAGAACCUGGGCAACUACCUGGGGAUGAAUUUCACUGAUCUGUUUCUAGGCGGUGCCAUGCGCGUUAUUUCGCCCGAAGUGAGCGCUUCCAGCGGGGACUGCUUGCGAUUUGGGAUGAACCAGGUCGGAUCGCAACCUGGGACUCUAAUUGCAAAGGCAAGGUUUGUGGGUUCUGGAAGAGAACGCCUCAUUUUCAAGUCUCACCAUGAUACUACAUCUUGGCAAGCUCAUUUCAUUCCCAUCGCAUUCGAGGAGGUCUUUGAGAUCAUCUUUGAAGCGCACAAGCUCGAGUUUGACGCCAAUGCUGAAUUGGGACUGGAUGACUUUGCGAUAGCCUCCGGGACAUGCAAAGAGAACCCCUUGGGUUGCGAUUUUGAAAACGCUAAUCUGUGUGGAUUUUUUCAAGAAACUGACAAUGACUUGGAUUGGGUUUGGGCCAAUGAUCAAGGACCACACGUGGAUCAUACUCUUGACACCCAAGACGGUCAUUUCAUGCUCCUGGAUGGAACAACUGCAACCUCAAUUGGAAGCAAAGCCACCUUGGUGUCAAAAUACUUUGAAUCGGACGCAGUGACUCACGGUCAACUGUGGUAUUCAUUGGAAGGACCGGGCAUUAUACAAAUAUUAGUUCAAAGCUCAGAGAACGAUCCGGAGUUGAUUUGGUCCAUUUCAGGGCAAGAAGAUGAUGAGACCUGGAACGCUCUAGAAUUCGACUUGCGCCCAUUUAUCCCGCAUUUCUCGAUCCUUUUCCGAGGAGUUUUAGCCAAACCUGGUAACUUCUAUGUAGCCCUUGAUGACUUCAAACUUGUCAAUGACAACCACGAUGAUCCUGGAGGGUGUUCGUUAGCUCAUGAUCUUUGCCUUUGGACAAACAUCAAGAGGACAGGCGACAACUCCAACUGGCUAUGGAUGAAUGGAUCAAUGGUCCUGGGCAAAUCGACAGAAGCACCAUGGAGCAACGCCACCUUGAAAAGUAUCGAGCUUCCUGCUACGGUAUCGAGAUGUCUGUCCUUCAAUGUCGAUUUACCCGGGCAGGGAGAUCUGGCAAUUAUCUUGAAAACAGCGUCAUCUGAGGAGAUUAUCUGGAUGUUGGGUGGAAACGUUGGAUCCAAAAUAUCCGCUGCCAUAUCGUUCUCGAGCCCAGUUGGCAACUACCGGAUCCUUUUCAAGGGAACUAUGGAAAGCGCUCAAGAACGAGACAUCAAGGUCAAUGCGAUAAAAUUCACGGAUAUUUCUUGCCAAGUAAGCCCUCCAGAGGCCAAACCCGGUAACUAUCAUCCACCCACUACGCCACACCCACUGCCCACAACGAGUGUCUCAUUUGACAACGAGGGAGAUUGCAACUUUGAAGACGACCUUUGCUCUUGGGGGCCUAUGUCUGACGAUGAAUAUCGACCUUGGACUAGAGUCAAUGGAUCAGAGCUGGCUCCAAACGUUGAUCACACAUUAGACAACGCCCAAGGGUACUACAUUGUAGCCCGUGAUUCAGAGGGGCAACAACAAAAGGGUUUACCAUUCGGCAUUCUUGGGCCGAACUUGACAGAACAGAGUUGUCUCAGAUUUUGGUACUUUGUAGAUGGACCACAAGCGGGACAAUUGGCAGUUUUCGCCAAUGAUUUUGACUCUUCCUCCCGGAGAAAUUUCUUCACUCGAGAAGGAUCGCAAAGGGCGAAGUGGUUGGAAGCGAAAAUGCAGAUCCCAAUGGCCGAAGAUAAUACAAACUCGGCAUACUCAAUUGAAGCCAUUCCAGGUGAUCCUGGGACAAAUGUGAUUGCUAUUGACGAUGUUCGGAUCACCCCUUCACAAUGCCCAAAACAUGAAUCGAAUUCCUUUUACCUUUGCACUGCGGAGCAAUGGGAGGAUUAUUGCGGUUACUCUUUUGGAGCAGAGGCCAGUUUCAAAUGGAUUCCCGGUAAGGGGUCACAUUUCAACGAUCACACUCUUCAAACCAAGUUUGGGAGCAUUUUUGAAGCUAAUUUAGCAGAUGCUCGAGAGAACGACACAUUGGCCGUAAUGAAGACCCCCCAUUUUGACGAUCCUGGUGUCGACAAGACCUGCCUUCACUUCUACUACCGGGUGUUUGUCCCACAUGGCACCAACGAUCAAGGAAUAACAAGUUUUAGAAUACUUAUGAUUGAGGACAACGACGCAGUCCCAAUUGAAACGACCAUCUUCGAAAGAGCCCUCCCAACGAUAACAACGCCAGGUUGGGUCCCAGCGGAGGCUCAAAUUCCAUCAUCGACGGAGUUCAGGCUUCAAUUUGAAGUCAAAAGUAUUAAGCCUUCAAGUAUCACAGUCGGUCUUGAUGACUUGAAAAUUGAGCUGAACGAGUGCAGUUUGAUCAAAUGCACUUUCGAAUCUGACUUGUGCGAGUGGGAACAAGACGAAACUGACGACGACACAAAUUGGCUUCUCCACUCUGCCAUGGAUUUGGAAGGUGGGUUUGGACCUCCUGUGGACCAUUCAAGCCAGUCUGGACAAGGGCAUUAUCUCAUAGUGACCGAUGAGAAUGCAGAUGUGAAUCAAAAACGGUCCAUUGCCAGACUCCGUAGUUCUCCUCAAUCAGGUGGACCAAACGUGAACUUCAUUUGCCUGAGCCUAUGGUACUACCUGCAUGGGUCUAAACCAGGUUUACUUCGAGUUUCCGAAGCGUCUGGUUCCAACAGUGUCACCCGAUGGGAGGUAACGGAGGGAGAAGUUGAGGGUUGGUCUAUGGGAACAGUGUCUGCAGCUUCAGAUUUGAACACAGUUUUUCAAUUUGUGAUUGAGGCCGAGCUACACGAUGACGCUCAAGGGUUUAUUGCUCUUGAUGAUGUGGAGAUAUCAUCAAGUGAAUGCCCAGGGGGUAACAAAGUUUCUCCCAAAUAUGCAGAACCCCAAUUCAGCGCAAAAUACCAUGUGUCAUGCUCCUUUGACGAGAACUUCUGCGAUUGGAACGUGACAAGUUUUGGAAUUCCAACGGGACCCAACGAAAACGACCCAUGUGCUCCAGACAACUCAGAUGAAGGUCUGUACCUCCUUUUAAGUGGGAAGAAUGCCACGGGCGACCUAGUAUCCGGGAGAGCGGGGCCCAAGAUUGACUCUGAUGAUGGAAGCGUGUGCCUCAAGCUGGCCUUCAGUGCCUUUGGAUCCACUUCGGUCCAGAUGCAAGUGUUUAGAGAAUCGUGGAAUCAGAAUAGAGACGAAGGUGGUCUUCUUUUAUACAAUUUCUAUGGAAACACUCCGGAUUCUUGGACUCAUACGAGCAUUCCAGUUCACACUUCUUCCGAUUCCGAUUGGCGAAUCAAGAUUACGGGUGAGAAUUCUGGAGAUUUUGGAGAUCUCGCCAUUGGAGCCAUCGAUUAUCAUUCCGACGAAUGCGAGGACCGAACUCUGUGUGACUUUGAGGAAGGACGCCUGUGCCAAUGGGAAUCAGAUGAAGACAGCGAUCUCCAAUGGCGGUUGAGCCCAGCCAAAGACUUUGCCUAUCCAGAUGGGCGAUCCCUGGUUGACCACACUACAAAUACGGGCCAAGGACACGUGUUGGCCACCAAUUGGACAGGAUCUGCCGGAGAUCGAAGUGUGUUAUACCGAACGUUUCCCAAAAACUUUGGGACACAAUGCUUGUCUUUUUACCUCUUUGAUUUGACUGAUGCUUCCACAACUUUGAAAGUGUCAUCUAAGAUAGUUGGCAAUUCUACCUACAAAACACUCUGGACUCAUCAUGGUGGUUUUGAGCGUCCUCAAUGGAGAUUGGUUCAGGUCGAUGUCGCUGAGGAAGAACCAUUUGAUGUAAGGCACUUUUGGGUUUGGCAAUUAUCCAAUUGA